AUGGAGUACGUGGGACAUACAGGCUCCGCCUCCAUGUUGGUACUGCGCCUCACCAAUGUCCACAUGCAGGCAGACAAGAGGACGAUAUGCAGGUAUUUCGACGGGUACAGGAUCCUAGACCAGAUCCGUGCGAUGAAUCCAAAGACUCGGACUCGUUCCGCCGUUUACGUCAUGUUCGGAUCGGUCGAGGAUAAGAACCGCGCUCAUAGAACCCUCAAUCUUGGGACAAUUCUUGGUCGCCAGAUUCAUCUAAUGCCUGCCCAAAACGGCAAUUAUCGCAUUAACUGCACCCACAAUGGAUUUGUUCACGAUGAAGACAAGGGCCCCGCUGUCGUCACUACAUCAGAGCUACCGGCGUUGAACGUUCUCUCAGGAUCGGAGUUUCCAGUGCUGGGAAGGUCAACCCCUGUUUCGUCUCUGUCCAUGAACCUACCCAUGGAAUUUGUUCACCAUGAAGACAAGGGUCCCGCUGUGUUCGCUACAUCAGAACCACCAGCAUUGGAUGUUCUCUUAGGCUUAGAGCUUCCGGUGAUGGGAAGACCUAUAUUUGUUUCUUCUCGACCGAUGAACCUACCCAGGGGCAUACCUAUACCCAUGCAUGGAAGCCCUGAAAUUGGGCCCGUCGACACUCUUCCGAAAGAAGUCACUCCUGGGGGCGUCGACGAACCUGCAGCAAUGACUGAUGCGCCUCUGAAGCGAGACGAACCUGCAGUGAUGAAGGAUUUGCCUAAGAAGCGAGAGGAACAGAAGCCUUCUCACGAGCAACCUGUAGUCUUCAGCGGCAUCGAACAGGGUACAUUCUCCCGUCAAAUGCCACCUUCAGCCGAAAAAACCUCAAAGCCGGACCCCUUAUACGCUCAUGCCUCCGAGAACUGGUUUCUCAACCUGCCAAAAGUCGUGCAAGACUAUUACAGCUCCUUCGGCCUCCCACCACCAAACCCAGCAUUCUUGGAUCCGACCGUCAACGCCGUACCUAACCCGCCUCCCCCCCGCGGAGACUUCUUCAAACCCGCUCUUCUCCAUACCCCACCCCGCGACGACUUCUCCAAACCGACUCUUGGCCAUACUUCCAACCCCGACAUCCGUGAGAACGAAAACACAGGCGAGCCGGUCACCGAUACCGUCCCCAAGGAGAAGGAUAUACUGAUAGAACCCCUUGGUGGUCUAUGGAACCUUUCAGGCAAUGAUGAUCCAACUGCCAAUGUCAUCUGCGGAUUGAUCGAGAAGGAGGACAUGGAGGAGGUAGUGGAGACUUCGGUAGUGAGUUACAUGUGA